AUGGAUGUCAGUGACAACGCCGAAUGGCUUCGGUGGGUGAGCAAGCAGUUCGAGAGCAUCGCUGGCGAUGAUAAAGGGAUCGACCUGGAGGAGUUCAAAGUUGCUCUCAAGGUGAAGGAGUCCUUUUUCGCUGAGCGGUUCUUCGCCUUGUUCGACUCAGACGGGAGUGGCACCAUCAGUCUGGGCGAGCUUCUCAAGGCCCUGAAGCUGCUGAUCUAUGGAAGCGAAACGGAAAAACUGCAGUUCCUCUUCCAGGUUUACGACGUGGAUGGCAGCGGCUCCAUCGAAAAGGGCGAGCUGCGCACUGUCUUAAAAUCGUGCCUGACAGAGAGCUCCAUAUCCUUGCCAGAACAGACGCUAGAUGACCUCACCCUUGCUCUCUUUGAGUCGGCCGACGCUGACAAGAGCGGCUCCAUCACCUUUGAGGAGCUCAGAGAUGAACUAGAGCACUUCCCAGAAAUCUUGGAGAACCUGACCAUAAGCGCUGCCAGCUGGCUGAGCCCUCCCGCGGCUCCGGGGCCGCGCCGUGUGCCGCGCCGCCUGAGCCCGGCCUACUGGCACAACCACCGCAGCGAGCUGCUCUUCCUGGCUGGCUACGCGUGCCUGAACGUCGCGCUCUUCGCCUCGGCGGCCCUGCGGCACGCCAGAUCGGGCCCGUGGGUGCCGCUGGCCAGGGCGUGCGGGCAGUGCCUGAACUUCAACUGUGCUUUCAUCGUGGUGCUGAUGCUGCGUCGGUGUCUGACGUGGCUCCGAGCCACGUGGGUGGCCAGAAUCCUGCCCCUGGACCAGCAUGUCGCCCUGCACCAGCUGAUGGGCUACGCCAUGGCGGUGCUCGCCGUGGCUCACUCCGGGGCCCACGUGGCCAACUUCGUGAGAAGCUCUCGGGCUGAGGAUGGCCGUUCCCUCUGGGAGUACCUGCUCACCACGCGGCCCGGCAUCGGCUGGGUUCACGGCACGGCCUCCCUCACGGGCCUCGCGCUCCAGCUCCUCGUCGGCCUCGUGCUCCUGUGCUCCAGCACUUUUGUGCGCAGGAGCGGCCAUUUUGAGGUCUUCUACUGGACUCAUCUUUCCUACAUUCUCAUUUGGGCUUUAUUAAUUGUCCAUGGUCCUAACUUUUGGAAGUGGCUUGUAGCACCUGGGUGCUUGUUUCUCCUGGAGAAGAUUGUUGGUGUGCUGCUGUCUCAUGUGGGAGGGCUCUACAUAGUGGAAACCAACCUCUUGCCUUCAAAGGUGACUCAUCUGGUGAUUGGGAGACCCCCGUCUUUCCACUAUAGGCCUGGCGACUACGUCUACCUGAACAUCCCAGCCAUUGCAAAGUACGAGUGGCACCCAUUCACCAUCAGCAGCGCCCCGGAGCAGUCGGGGACCAUCUGGCUGCAUAUCCGGUCUCUGGGCCAGUGGACCAGCCGGCUAUAUGAGUACUUCCGUCUUCAUCGUGAGCGUCCCGACCACCAGCCUGAAUCGCUGCAGGUCGGAAAUCCACGGAAGGAGAGCAGGCUGUGGAAAUGGCUGCAGAAAUGUCUUUUGCGCUCCUCUCACCUGGACCAGCCUGUGGCCACCAGUAAUGAUGAGAUGAUCGAGAUCCUAUCCUACACGCCUGUCUGGAGUCCUGGGCAGGAGACCAGAGGAAUCCCCACAGCCAGCAAGCAGGAGGAGGUCCCCGGCUUGCUCAGGGAGACCCGCAAGCGCUGCAACAUCAAGUGCUACAUCGACGGGCCGUACGGGACUUGCACGCGUGGAAUCUUCACGUCGGAGCACGCGGUGCUGAUCGGGGCAGGAAUCGGGAUCACGCCCUUCGCCUCCAUCCUGCAGAGCGUCAUGUGCAGGUACCACAUGCAGAAGCAAGCCUCCUCCAGCCAGGACUGCGCAUCGGGCGAGAAUCUUAAAAAUGACCCAAUGAAACUCCAAAAGGUUGACUUUAUUUGGAUCAAUCGGGAUCAAAAGUCCUUUGAAUGGUUCAUCAGCCUGCUCACCCAGCUGGAAAUCGGCCAGGCCACGGGGGACCCCGCAGGCCGCUUCCUGGAGAUGCACCUGUUCAUGACCGCGGCCCUCGGCAAGAACGACAUGAAGGCGACCGGGCUGCAGAUGGCGUUGGACCUGCUGGCGGAGAGGGAGCAGAAGGACUCCAUCACGGGGCUCCGGACCAGAACCCAGCUGGGGCGCCCGGACUGGGACAAGCUCUUUCAGAAACUGGCUGAAGAAAAGAAGGGGAAAGUCCACGUUUUCUUCUGCGGCUCCCCAGCUCUUGCCAAGGUCAUCAAAGCGCACUGUGAGCGAUUCAGCUUCCGGUUCUUCAGGGAACACUUCUAAGGGAUGACUCCUGGGCUAUGCCAGACCCCCAGCCCAGGCCACACGCCCCGGGCGCUGUCCAGCCGCCCUCCGCUCUCUGGCUCCACGACCGCUGAGACAUCGGGCAGGGAUUCUGCUCUCUUCUCCUGUAGCUGCAGGGAUUGCGCCGAGCACGUGCUAUCUUGCGGGUGCAUGAGCAAGAGUGCCU